GCUUGUGCCUACUUAUCCUCUCAAAGUUCGGUUUUCCGCCAUCCGUGUUCGCCUCAGUCUACUGGUAGACGUAGGAGUCCACAACUAGGCGUAUGAUCCAUACUUUUGUUUGUCCCAUUUUACACAAAGGGGUUUGACACCCGCUGGUUGUUUCGUUGCGGCCCAAUAUAAAACGCAAUCACAUGAUUGUACCCGACCUUUACCAGUGACCACUACUUCAAGAUGAUUUUACCACAACCAGACUUGACAUAGAAGACACCUUGGAGUGACAGUAUUAUCGUCAACAAUCCGCAAACUCCCCCCAUGGAUGUUCUGACUGAUACAGGCACUGAGCUUGCACGGGAGUGGGCGAAUCCGAGUGUAGCGGUGGCAAUUGUACUAAUGUUUGUUGGCGGAAAUGUCAUCCGAGAGGCGUUCGCUCAAUCAACGGGCAAGCUGUUAACACCGGUCUGCUUCUCCUUCGGCUGGGUUGCCUACGCGCUUUCUAGCCUCAAGGAUACAUUCGGCGAGGGCAGACUGUUAUCACUCACCGACUACCCCGUCAAGGUGUUUAAUCUGGACUCUGGAUAUUACCGUGUUAAUAAGAACUGGCUGAUCGGCCGCAUUUUGAGGGACCACGAAGAGUCAAUGUCCAAGAACGACUUGUUUAAUGACAGUGCAAUUCGUAUCGCAAUCUUCGAGGCCAUGCCCGUCAAUCAGAGAGGGACGCUGUCCUUCCAGUACAACACGCGACACCUCCUGGGGGGCGUUGUCAUGGUAGCUCAACUUGUAAUUGCAGCGAUUCCAACUAUCCGGACGCAGGGAAACGAGUGGGGGAUUCUUGCGAUCACGGGAUUCGGCACGUUUUUAAGCCUCGUGAUGGGCUCAUUGCCCCAAUGGUGGGCUGAAAAGAUGCCGAGCAACCAGUCUUCGAAAAAAGUCUUCGCUCUUACUGGUGGAAAUGGAUCGCGAGACAUUAUGAUCAUUAAGGGGGAAGGACGUUGUCUCGAUCUUGAGGAACUUGCUACAAUGGGUUCCCCUAGAACUACGAGAAUCUGGUCAAAAUUGAAAGCCAUGUCUGUCCCUCGAUCGGAUCAAAGAGGCAGAGAUGCAAAGACGUUUUUGGGCCGCCCUAUUGGCUUCCUGAUAACUCAGUGCGUGUGCAUAUUGGAAGCUGUCGGCUGGUUUCUAAUACUAACAUCGCUUGCUGGGAUUCGGAGCCACACAUGGUGUCUCAUUGUUAUUGGGACGAUGGGCUGGGUACACAAUGUCAUGCUUGCGGAUCUUACUCGCGAGCCGAAAAGCCGCAACUUGCCUCUGAAGUUAUUAGAUACCAUCUCAACAUACAAAACUAUGGAUGGAUUAAUGGACCUGGAGGUGACACAUGCAGGGUGCGGUGAAGCCUUAUUGCCCGAAUUUUUCCCAGGAAGGUUGCGUCCAGACGAGGAAGAAUGGUGGAGGGAGAAGGAAAGAAGGUCAGAAACGAAAUAUGACAGGACACGGUUCGCUAAUCGUCGUCGGAGACUCUGCCCAAGAUCGAUGCUUCCCAGCUAUAACCUUCAUGCAACUGCGGCCGAUCCAACAGUCCCAAAUACUCCGCCAGAAGAGAGUUCUCUAUGGAUAGAACAGCAGUCUCCGAAACUGCCAGCUUGGGAUUGAUCAAUUCCAUUUUAAAUUUUACGGAAGCCUGAUGUACUCGUAAAAUGGGGAAAUUUUGCUUCUUCCCUUUUCAUUCGUUUUGCUUCCCUUCCCUCCUUCCUCCCUUCCUCCUCUUUUUCUUUUUCAAUACAGCUGUCUUACAUAGAAUUUGUUGUCUCUAUAUGUCACAAUACUGAAGUAGUGUAGGCACAGGGAUUAGUGGGAGCAUGGGAUAAGGGCCGGAUGAGUCAGCAAGGGGGCUAGGCGUUCAGGAUUGAUCUUUCUGGGACAUAAUAUAGAUACUACCUAAGUCGUAGACACACUUGCUGGAAACAUUGCAUGUGAUAUGUUGGGUACUCAAUACUACUCUAAUUCACUCGGGGAGUGCACAGCCAAAGAAGCUUAGGUAGAUCCAAGCUAAUAUUCGAGUGCCACUUGUACGGAGGUUGGGGCUGUGAAUAUCCAUCACCUUUAGUCCUGGAGGCUUCCAUACUAACACUUCAACAUUUACA